CACCUUGUAGUUCUUGUUUAUCAUGCAAGACUGAUUGAUGCAUUAGAGAUGAUGAAGCAAGGUGUGAGGCAUCUCCUUGUGCCAAAAAGUAUAGUGUGGAAAGGCGUGAGCAAGCGUUUCUCGGUUCUCUACAAUGGCAAGUGGCUUAAAAACCUUGAGUCUUCCACUGGCACCAAUGGUACCACAAACAGCAUUCGGCCUACAUCUUCCUCUUCAAUGUCUGUCUGUGAGAAAAAGUUUUGCUGCUUAUCAAGAGAGGAUGUGAUCCGUUUUAUUAUUGGGUGCCUUGGUGCUCUUGCUCCACUACCUCUCUCCUCCAUCCUUUCCCUUGGAGCAGUCAACCCGAACUACAAAUACAUUGAGGCAUCUACCCCAGCCAUCAAGGCUACCCAAAAGCUUCCCCCAGACUAUAGUGCAGUAGCUGUUGUUGAGUCCACAUCAAAGGGCCAUUGCAAGAUCAUCGGAGAGAUAUCAGCCUCCAAACUACGGAAAUGUGAUCAUAUAGCUGCUGCCUGGGCCCUUGGAAACCUGUCAGCAGGACAGUUUGUAAUGGGGGUUUGUGAUGAAUCUGAUGAUAUAACCCCAACGUCUCUUCCUGAUUUUUCAAUCAAUUCUAUAGUCAACGAGGAUGGUUGUGACGUUGGUGGGUUGAGGCCAAGGAAGUUCUGUAGUAGGAGCAUUGGGUUCACUAGUAAUUCAACAAGCCCAACUAUAGGAAGGAGCAUCUGUACAGGGAAUGCACCCUUGACAUGCAAGGUUACAUGUUCAUUGGCGGCAGUCAUGGCUCAUAUUCUGUCUCGCAGGGCAACCCAUGUCUGGGUUACUGACUCUGAGAGUGAAGAUAUCUUGGUUGGGGUGGUCUCUUACACCGACAUCCUGGUUGCUGUGAUUAAACACCCUUCUACCAUUGCUUGUGUAAAUAAUUGAUUUUGAGGGUUUUCUUUUUGUUUUUCCCUAUUCUUUUUUAUGGGGCUCAAGUUGAGCAUAAAUAUGCUGAUUUAUGCCUUUUUUGACGAAAUAGAAUAGUCAUUCGUUUUUCCCUUCUAAUUCUUUUACAUUAUGCCCCAUCAUAUAUUUGUUGUAGAGUUGGAUGUUUGUUGUGAACAAAUAAUAGUGUUUAGUUCUUUUU